AUGGAGCACAUUAAGAAGACGUUUGCACAAUGCAAGAAGGAGGGCAGGUCCGCCCUCGUCACGUAUGUGACAGCAGGUUACCCUACUGCCCAAGAGACGCCCGACAUCAUGCUGGGCAUGGAAGCCGGUGGUGCAGACAUCAUUGAGCUUGGAAUGCCCUUCACCGACCCCAUCGCCGACGGCCCCACGAUCCAGACCGCCAACACGCAAGCCCUGAAGAACGGCGUCAACACCUCCGACGUCCUCCAGAUGAUUCGCGAUGCGAGGAAGCGCGGCCUCAAGGCCCCCGUUAUGCUGAUGGGAUACUACAACCCUCUGCUGAGCUACGGCGAGGAGAAGAUGCUCCAGGACGCCAAGGAGGCGGGCGCCAACGGAUUCAUCAUGGUCGACUUGCCCCCCGAGGAAGCCCUGCGCUUCAGGAACUUCUGCCGCAGCUACGGCCUUUCCUACGUUCCCUUGAUCGCACCGGCUACUUCGGAGCACCGCAUGCGCGUCCUUUGCCAGAUCGCCGACUCUUUCAUCUACGUCGUUUCCCGCAUGGGUGUCACUGGCGCUUCUGGAUCGAUGAACGCUGCCCUCCCCCAGCUUCUCGAGCGCGUGCACAAGUACUCUGGCAACAAGCCGGCUGCCGUUGGUUUCGGUGUCAGCACCAGGGAUCACUUCUUGAGCGUUGGUCAGAUCGCCGAGGGUGUCGUUAUUGGAAGCCAGAUCAUCAACGAGAUCGCCAAGUCUGAGCCUGGCGCAGGCGCAAAGGCAGUCGAAGUUUACUGCGACAAGAUCUGCGGCAAGAGCAGCCGCCAGACCACCCGCGAAGUUGGCAUUAUUGAGGCCAUCGACGGUGCCAAGGAGCCCACUGGUGUGCACGUCGACAAGGUCAUCACCGAUGCCGACACACCCGACGGUCCUGGACUUGCCGACCAGCUGGAGGCUCUGAACGCCGAUUCCGAUGGUUUCAACGAGGAGCAUGCGCUGCCGCCUCGUUUUGGUGAAUUCGGCGGGCAGUACGUCCCUGAAUCCCUCAUGGACUGUUUGUCCGAGCUCGAGAAGGGCUUCAACCAGGCCAUCGAAGAUCCGAAGUUUUGGGAAGAGUACAGGUCUUACUACGACUACAUGGGUCGUCCGGGACAUCUGCAUCUUGCAGAGCGCCUGACAGAGCAUGCCGGAGGUGCCAACAUCUGGCUGAAACGUGAGGAUCUGAACCACACUGGAAGUCACAAGAUCAACAAUGCUCUUGGUCAGGUCCUGGUUGCCAGACGACUUGGAAAGACUGAGAUCAUUGCCGAGACAGGAGCCGGUCAGCACGGUGUUGCGACUGCCACGGUCUGCGCCAAGUUCAACAUGAAGUGCACCAUCUACAUGGGUGCUGAGGACGUCAGGCGUCAGGCUCUGAACGUCUUCCGCAUCAAGCUGCUCGGUGCGUCGGUUGUUGCUGUCGAGGCUGGUUCUCAGACCCUUCGUGACGCAGUCAACGAAGCCAUGCGCGCUUGGGUCGUCAACCUUGACACCACUCACUACAUUAUUGGAUCCGCCAUCGGCCCUCACCCGUUCCCAACUAUCGUCCGUACAUUCCAGUCGAUUAUUGGCAACGAGACCAAACAGCAGAUGCAGGAGAAGCGCGGCAAGCUUCCUGACGCAGUCGUAGCCUGUGUUGGAGGUGGCAGCAACGCCGUCGGCAUGUUCUACCCCUUCGCGAACGACCCUUCAGUUAAGCUCCUUGGCGUUGAAGCCGGCGGUGACGGUAUCGAUACCGAUCGCCACAGCGCUACCUUGUCUGGAGGUACCAAGGGCGUGCUCCACGGUGUGCGUACCUACAUCCUCCAAGACAAGCACGGACAAGUCAGCGAGACCCACUCUGUCUCCGCUGGCCUUGACUACCCUGGUGUUGGGCCUGAGCUUGCUAGCUGGAAGGACAGCGCUCGUGCUAAGUACAUCGCUGCUACUGAUGCUGAGGCCUUCAUUGGUUUCCGUCUUGCAUCUCAGUUGGAGGGCAUUAUCCCCGCUCUCGAGACUGCUCAUGCCAUCUUUGGUGCUGUCGAGCUGGCCAAGACCAUGAGCAAGGACCAGGACAUCGUCAUCUGCGUGUCUGGUCGCGGUGACAAGGACGUGCAGAGCGUUGCUGAGGAGCUGCCCAAGUUAGGCCCCAAGAUUGGCUGGGAUCUGAGGUUCUAA